CUCCUUGAAGCUGGAGGCGUAUUUUUAUUACAUCAAUUGGGUUUGUAAAGCACCCGGCACACAUUGCCGCCAUACCACCAAGUGCAAAUUCUACUCCUGGCCUACGAUAACAAUUCUUCGUCAUUCAGAGUUACGGUUAGCAAGAUUCAAAUACACGCAGCGGAUGACAGACCUGCAGAAGACAGAGUCACAUGACCGCUCAAAAAUCGAAGUGCAUGUACUGAUUGUGACUUAUGUAAUUGGUCAUAAUGGUCAUUCAGCGUCAGAGACGCGCGUGUCACGUGGACCACACAUCAAAUAUGAUGCGUGUAAAAUCGAUGAGCUCGAUGUUUCAAUGCCAAUUAAAACGUCUACCGCUUUAUCGGAGGAGAGAGUUACAUAACCUAAAAAUACAACCGUCUGGCAGCCGGUUAGAUGCUAUUGGACCUCCAGAUCCGGUUUCAAAUUUGAGACCUAUUAUUUUUGCGAAACCAGACAAGGAGACUGAACUCGAAAGAUGUUACAGAAGGGCGAGAGAAUCAGCACAGGCUUGGAAUCAGGAGUUCUGGACAAAGCAUAACGCCAGUUUUAUAUUGGAGCGAAAACAGUUUCAAGAGAAUCGCAAGCAGGCUGGAAUCCCAACAUUGACUGCAGAUGAAAUGUCCGUGUUUUACAAGAAAUUUUUGGACAAGAAUUGGCAAACUCAUCUGAAUUACAAUAUUUCAUGGUAUAAAAAGAACAUUACGAUACUGAUUUUGGAAAUCAGGGUAAAGUUGUCAAGACUUGGAAGAUAGUAGUGUUUAUGACAUUUAUAUUUGUAAGUAGCAGUUUUACCUUGUCCUGUGCUGUAAAGUAAGUGUGAAUAAAUUAUUCUUAAUAUUA